AACCACUUUCUGUAUCAGUCAUGUAUACCUGGGGAUGGUUAAAGGUGCUAAGGACCAGUGGUGAUGGAGAAGGGUAAGGAAAAACAUGGGAGCCUGGGAAUCUGGAACUUGGGAGAUCACCCGCGGGUAGAGAAAAAAAAGGAUGUAGAAUAAGAUACGGGGCAUAGAAGGCAAAUUUUCCACAGGCUCCCUGUCUGAGGGCAGCCCUUUCCAAUGACUUGGUCCCAUAUCUUGAGUCCCCAGCGCAUGGGGCGACAUCUAAAAAUUUCUUUCCUUGUAUCUGUUCUUUCUAUAGAGAUCUACGUGUCUUCAGAGACACCAUGGACAGCUGCUGGAACUCUGACAAUGUGUCCCAGGAACAGUUGGAGUCCGAUGCCUUCGAGAAAUACAUGGUACUGGAUUUUCCCCAGAAGACAGCCAUUGCCGUGCUCUGUUCCCUCCUGGGCAUCCUUUGUGUCCUGGAGAAUGCCGUGCUGCUCUUCCUGCUCCUGUCCUCCCCAAGACUCCGCAGAAAGCCCUCCUACCUGUUCAUUAGCAGCCUCGCGGCUGCUGACUUCCUAGCCAGUCUGUUUUUUGUCAUCAGCUUUGUAAAUUUCCAUGUCUUCCACCACAAAGAGUCCAGAAUCACCUUUCUCCUGAAGCUUGGGGGAAUGACCUUCAAGGUCGGGGAGCCUGUGCUGACCGCCCUUGCCACCUCUCCUCGCCACCCUGCCAAAAAAGACCCUGUCACCCGGGAAGGGGCCAAACUUGGCGCCAUGUGGACGCUCGUUGUGGUCUCCUACCUGCCGCUCAUGGGAUGGACCUGCUGCCCCGAACACUGCUCUGAACUCUUCCCCCUCAUUCCCAAUGACUACCUGCUGAGCUGGAUCGUGUUCAUUGCCAUCCUGCUGGUCGCCAUCCUCUACACCUAUACCUACGUCCUGUGGAAGGCUUAUCAGCACACGUCCAGUUUGGUAGUAUACCAACAGAGACGCUUAACGGGUUUGUCUCGGAUGCGGCUGGAUGUGAGGUUGGCCAAGACCCUGGGGGUGGUGCUGGUGGUCCUGCUCCUCUGCUGGCUGCCUGUGCUGACCCUCAUGGUCCACAGUUUGGUCGCCUCAAUGAAUGAAUACAUUAGAAAAGUCUUUGCCUUUUGUUCCAUGCUCUGCCUAAUCAAUUCCAUGGUGAACCCUGUCAUCUAUGGUCUGAGAAGCCGAGAGAUCCGCUGCUCUGCCAGAAACAGUGUGAACCAUUGGAAAAAUGUACUCAAGGGCUUUGGAACAGAGGGUGCGGAGGAUGCUCAGAAGUCCUCAGUCACAGAGACAGAGGGGGAGGCAAAAGGCAUUUCAACUCCUGAUCCUAAACUCCCUAUUGUCUUGGUUUGUUAACUCCUAUUUUAGGUUUCUGAUAUUAAAAGCAAUAAGCACCCCUACGUUCUCAAAGGCACUUACAAUUAACACUAAAAAAUGUUUUUAGAAUAAAUACAAGAGAGCUCCAAGGCUGACUCUGAGUCAGAGUCAGGAAGACAAUCUUGCCUCCGACACAUACUGGCUAUGUGAUUUUGGGCUAUUCACUAAAGAAAGUUCUAGGCAACUCUAUUGAGCUCUAUGUUUCAGAGAAGGGGCUGGCCUGCAAAGGGAAUUUCCUCACCUGGACUGCUAAUGAAAUCACAAAUUCAGCUACUAUCCCUUUUCCUAACAGUAAAAUACACAUCACAUAGGGAGAUGGCACCUUUUUGAUCUGAAAAAUCUGUGUUAAAAUUUUUGGUUCUCCCUUCAUACCAGAGAUGAAGUUUGAAUUAUUAUUGUAUUUUUAGAUUAUCUUUUAUUAGAUGAAAUAUGUUGCUAUUAUACAUAUAUUUUUAUGCAUUAAACUUUUUCUGCAUUGCCUGCUGGUCUUUGUCAUCUGCACGUCAGCAAAAAAAUCUCCAAAAAUUCCCAUUUAAUUUCUUAUGUCAACCCAUGAUAUAUCAAAAUCAUGAUGGGAAAAGUUACUCUAAUAAGGUAUUGAUAAACUAGCAGCUCCAAAAGUGAAUGGGAAUGGGAUUAGGAGGGAAAGAGACAGAACAGGAAAACAACUCUAUAGUCUGUAAACUUUGCAUUACUAUGCAAUAAUGAAUCCCUUGAAUUGAUUGCAUUGACUGCAUUUGCACUAUUUGAGGUUACAAUUAUAUAAAAUAUAGUUAGUCGUUGAUUCCCAGCCUAAUGGAAAUAUGCAGUGUAAAUUUGAAUAAAGUCUCUACACAGGAUUCAUCACCCACCCUAAUUAUUUUAUACUGAUCAGAACCUAAUUGCAUUGAGAAGUUAUUGAUGCAGAGGAUUGCAAAAGAGGAACAGCCAGUCAGAAGCAACAGUAUAAGUUGGAUGCUGACAUCCACAAUGGCGAUCAGUCCACUCUUUCCCACUUUGGACUAGUCAGCUGAAGAAUCCUUCCCCAGCUAGCUCACACUCCAAAUUAACCCUGCUUAGUGUCAAUUCAAGGCCAGACAUCCCACAAUGGGAGGUCAUAGGAUGAAGUCUCACCACCAACAUAGACUCCUAGAGAUUGCAGACCGAGCAGUUCCAUCCGGCCAGUGGGGACUGAAUUGUUACAGCUUCCCUGAGCAUUAGUCAACAAGUCUCUUCAAACGCUGCAUUUUACUUUUGUUGAUCCAGUUCAACCUGUCCUAGAAUAAUCUCAGUAGCUCACUGGCCAUUGAACUGACUUCUUGUGAAAAGCCCUGGUUCACAAGUUAGGUAAAUAGAAGGAAUUUCUUCACUGGCCAAACAGAAUCUCUGUAAGAAAGCAAGGGAGCACAUACAAUACAUGCUAAAUAUGUUGCAAACUUAACAAAUAACCUUACCUACCCAAAAUACCUGUGUAUUUUAUUAUUGUUGUAUUUUAGACAUUUUUCUGUCAGGUCCAAUUCUUCGCGAGCCCAACUUAGAUUUCUUAAUAUGCCAGGCAAUUUUCUGUAGAUAAAAAGAAAUGCUUUUUCCUAAUGCCCUGACUGGAUGGGGUGCUGUUCUUGAACAGAGCCUCAUUUCUGGAUUUCAGACGAAUCUGAGUCCCAUUGGUACACUUAAUUGAUCAGGAGAGUUAAUCAUUCUUCAACUGAAGGCCACCAGAAAGAAAUAUUCCUUCCUUUGUAGGAAGGGUAAAGUUGGUUUGGCUUGGCUGCUUCAUAUCUGUACCUGCUGUUCCCUCUGUGAGACAUAUUGUUCUAUGUGUAAGAUUUCACAUCUUCAGGUCAUCAAGUAUUCAUCUUCAAGAUCAUCUUCCCAUUGAAACUAGAAGCCUCCUGUGUGGAGUAUCAGUUUCUCUGACUUAGCUCUAGGAAGGACAGAGAUAGACUGAUAAAGGGGUGUUUUCUGCAAACUAGAUUUAGAAAACAUGGUUUUAAUCUUUGAUUCCUUCUUGUGUUUUGUAGGAGUCAUCAUCUUUGACUAGCCAGAAUAAUACCAAAUUGUUGUUUGAUGAUAUUUUUUUGGAAGGGCAGAAGGAAGAUAAGUUUCCCAAUAG